AUGGAAAUGGUGAUAGUACCAGUCAGUGGUUAUAGUUAUCUGGGUGUGCGCUUCGUCCCAAGAAGGGUUUUCUUGAACCUGAGCUGUGACUGUAAGUGCGAGCUCAGAAAGGAGGGCGGAGAGUACGGCGUCGUUUUGGCCGCUCCUUCUUCAAAAAUGGGUUCUCCGCGGCGCCCGUUUCUGAUCGCCGCCGUAGCUUGUGCGUUCUUGCUGGGAAAUGCUCCGGAGAAAGCCCUAGCGGCAAAUUCCCCGUCGGCCUUCGUGGAAAGUGUUAUUUACUCCAACAAAAUCGCCAUCUUCUCCAAAUCGUACUGCCCAUACUCAUUGCGCGCCAAGCGUAUAUUCAGUGAACUUGAGGAGCAGCCUUAUGUUGUGGAGCUUGACCUUCGAGAUGAUGGGUACAAAAUCCAGGAAGUUCUUCUGGACAUGGUGGGUCGGCGUACGGUCCCACAAGUAUUCGUGAAUGGCAAGCAUAUUGGUGGUUCUGAUGAUCUGCAAGCCUCGGUCCAAAAUGGUCAACUGAAAAGCCUACUCAGUAAACCUUGA